GAUAAUUUUAUUUCAGCUUCAUAGUAUUCGCUUUGUUGAUACAAUUCGUCCAUCGAGAAGACCCUAUUGGCAUGAGGGCAAGAGAUGCCCUUUUGUUAUGCAUGUCGUUAUCGAAAAAAAAUAAAAAAGUGGCUGUGUACAUUUCAGAGCAUUCUAAUUUUGCAGUACGAGUAGCUUAUGAUCUGAGUGGAUUGUACUCGAUGUUACCAAAUAUUUUAGAUGAUAUAAAAGUACCUGAUUGGCAUAGAUUCACUCCAGAUGACGUGAAUGAAAUCAAAGGCUUGUUAACUUUCGUAACCUCAUUGGAGUUUUGGAAUGCUGUAGCUCAAGUAGCAGACCCAAUCAUAAGGAAACAAGUUCAAGAGUUUUUGUACGGAGGAUUUCUGAUACCUGUUCUUGGUCCGGCUUUACUAAGAACCAACGUGGAUGAGCAAAUUGCUGCAACAGCUUACUUCGAACUCAUUCUGAGGACAGUUACGCAACCAGGUUUACUGCACUCUUUGCUAGAGUUUUUAUUGAAAGUUGACUUUGACGGGCAGAGAUUACUGAACAUUUUGAUACAAAGACUGAGUUCAUCCAAUAGACAGUUAUGCCUGGUUUCACUGGCUGUUUUCGAAUCAAUGAUAGAUCUAGAUUGUGAGGAUCUUAUGUUGGAACUGGUCUUCAAACAUCUGCAACCCUGCCUACAUCUCAUGACGUCGCAAAGGAAAAUCCUCUUGCCAUUGGAUCCAUACUGCGAAAGUUUCGAAAAACUUUUAAAUCUUGCCCCAAGAUGUUGUCAGUUAGUAGCAGGGACAAAUGUCGAUGGAGGAAACGAUAGUCAGUGGAAUGCGCUCAAGAAUAAACAAAGUUUGUACGGAAAAUAUUAUGCUUAUCUUUGUGAUGCUAGAAAUAAGAUUGGAAGGUGCCAAGUGGCUUGUACAGCCUGGAAUAAUUCAUAUACUGGGGAAGAUGAUAUUUCUAAUGAUUCAGAGAAUUCUAGCAGUACAUCAUUUGAAAGAAGUAGCGGUUAUGACAGUCUCAAUCUGACUAUAGAUGAUUCGAAGAAAGAAGAAUAUUGGCAAUCGUCUAGCAAUUUCAGGCAUAAAAAAGAUGCCCCAGUAUCUAUCAAACUCGACGAAAUCGAACAGACCAGUCCUUCAGCGGGACCAUUUUUAUCGAUUUUAAUGGACAAGUUGAAAAAUUUUCUGUCGAACUCCUUUUAUAUCAAUUUACACUUGACUGGAUUGAUUUCAAGACUUGCUGCCUAUCCCCAACCGAUUUUGCGGGCAUACUUGUUAGAUCAUAGUUUAGUGUUACAGCCAAAUGUGCCAUCCUUAUUUGAGAUUAUUGGAGUGUUGAAACAAAAAACUGACGAGUAUAUGUUCCGACAGUCAGAUGCAGUGCAUUUGAUCAAAUAUGCCCGUGAUUGCUUAGUUGAUAGAGAAAUAAUGUUGGUAAAUUUGAGAAGGUACCACGCUGAACAGAGGACACUGAAAAAACUGGAAAUAAACGAACCAUUCCAGAGAAACAGUCCGAAAAGAAGAAGUUUCAAUAUACCUCCAGUCAGUAGUUUAUUUGGAAGGCGACCCAGUCAGGUUGAAACUGGCAUUUCGUUAGUAUCUUCCCAAGAGGACAUGCAGUUCAAUCUCAUCUAUCCAAAGUUCAAUGAGGGCCAGCAUGUUGCACUUUGUGCCGUACUAUUGGAUGAGUGGGUAAAAGAACUAGCAGCACUUGCUCAAGAGCAUACUGUCGCACAACUUGCCAACCUUUUGAAAUAAAGUUGAAAAUUAUAUUGGAAAUGAGGUAGUGAAUUGCAUUCUUAUGCAAAUGGGCCUUUACACUGAUAUUGAAAUAACCGCAUAGGUGAAAACUACAUGUCGUAUAAUAGUACUUCGUUUUAUAUCUUUCAGUUUUUUGUCAGUAGGUUUUUCAAGUCAAAAUAAUAGUCGUGACGUCACUAACAUUUGUGAUCUUGGCAACACCGUAAAACUUAUUCAUGUUGUUCUGAUUGUAUGUGCGACGUUGCCAAUUCAUUUUCGAGGUCAAUAUGAUGGUUAGUUCCGAAAUUAAGAAUCAUUUCCUAUUACAAAACAAAUACUUUAUAAUUGUAAUUUUGUCCUGGAGUUAUUUGAUUGUGUAGUUCUAAUUUAAUAGCUAUAUCGUAUAUUUAUUCAUGUAAUUUUUUCUGCUUUACAAAAAUCUUAUACAUUUUGGAACAUGGUUUGAAAGGGGGGUAAGUUCAAUGGUAGUGACGUCACAGUCAUUUUUGAAACAUUGAUUUUCCUUCGAAAUGGAAAAAUUUGGGUGUUUCUUCAUAAUGAAUGAACCAUUUUCUUACAGAACUAAUUAGUAAUAUUGAUGUUAUCAUUUUUUCUUUGUAAAGUGUAAAGGUCUAUUCUCAAGGUUUUCACCUUCACAUAUUUUUAAUACUUUGGAUAUUUCCCCAAUUGUGAUAACAAAAGGGAGUGUUAUUGAAUAUAUAUAUUAACAAUC